CCUCCUCCCGCCCGCCAUGGGCAGCAUCUACAAGGAAUACUUCAACACGGCCAAGAUCCGCGAGCACUACAACUACACCAAGGAGGGCCCCGACGCCUCGUCGGCCGCCUCGCACGGCGCCGUCUCCUUCCUCAUCGUCGCCGUCUGCUGCUUCAUCGUCCUGGAGAACCUCCUGGUGCUCGUCUCCGUCUGCCGCAACCCCAAGCUGCACUCGGCCAUGUACAUCUUCAUCGGCAACCUGGCUUUUUCGGACCUGCUGGCCGGCUCGGCCUUCAUGGCCAACACUCUGCUCUCGGGUGCCACCACUUUCCGCCUGACCCCGGUUCAAUGGUUCGUCCGGGAGGGGACGGCAUUCGCCACGUUGGCCGCCUCGGUUUUCAGCCUCUUGGCCAUCGCCAUCGAACGCCACGUGGCCGUCACCCGCCUCAAGGUGUACGGAGGCGGCAAGAGCUGCCGCAUGGUGCUGCUGAUCGGAGCCUGCUGGCUGGUGGCCGCCGCCGUCGGCAGCCUCCCCAUCAUGGGCUGGAACUGCAUCAGCGACCUGCGCGACUGCUCCACCGUCCUGCCCCUCUACUCCAAACGCUACGUCCUCUUCGUCGUCACCAUCUUCACCCUCAUCCUCCUGGCCAUCGGCGGCCUCUACGGCCGCAUCUACUGCAUCGUCCGCUCCAGCCACGCCGACAUCGCCGGCACCCAGACCUUGGCGCUUCUCAAAACCGUCACCAUCGUCCUGGGAGCCUUCAUCGUCUGCUGGCUGCCCGCCUUCGUCAUCCUCCUGCUGGACGCUUCGUGCCCUCUGCGCUCCUGCCGCGUCCUCUACCGGGCCAACUACUUCUUCGCUUUCGCCACGCUCAACUCGGCCGCCAACCCCAUCAUCUACACGUUACGCAGCAAGGAGAUGCGCCGGGAGUUCCGCCGCCUGCUGUGUUGCUGUGGGGCGCGCCGUGGGGCUCAGCCCCCCGGGCGGCGCGCCGUGCCCCUGCGCUCUUCCAGCUCCUUGGAGCGCUGCAGCCAGAAGCAGGGGCUGCCCGCCUCGCCCGUCACCCGCCACUGCACCACGUCGGUGUGAGCGGGGCGCCCCACGGCUGCCCCAUAGGUGCCCCAUAGAUGCCCCACGGAUGCUGCUUGGGUGCCCCAUAGAUGCCCCAUGGCUGCUCCUUGGUUGCCCCAUGGCUGCUCCAUGGCUGCUCCUUGGAUGCCCCUUGGAUGUUCCUUGGUUGCCCCAUGGGUCCUUCUUCCGUGCCCCAUAGAUGCCCCAUGGAUGCCCAAUGGACACCCCAUAGAUGCCCCAUGGAUGCCCAAUGGACACCCCAUAGAUGCCCCAUGGUUGCUUCUUGGACACCCCAUAGAUGCCCCAUGGAUGCUUCUUGGAUGCCCCAUGGCUGCUCCUUGGCUCCUCCUUGGAUGCCCCUUGGAUGUUCCUUGGUUGCGCCAUGGGUCCUUCUUCCGUGCCCCAUAGAUGCCCCAUGGAUGCUUGAUGGAUGCCCCAUAGAUGCCCCAUGGAUGCCCCAUGGAUGCUUCUUGGACACCCCAUGGAUGCCCCAUGGAUGCCCAAUGGACACCGCAUCGAUGCUUGAUGGAUGCCCAAUGGACGCCCCACAGAUGCCCCAUGGAUGCUCAAUGGACACCCCAUAGAUG